UCUGAGGGAGCAAGCGUUGCAGUGCGUUGACGAAGCGGUGUGAGAGAGAGAAGCAAGCAACUGGUGAUGGUGGAGAGAGAAGAUUAGGGUGGUCCUGCUUGCGAUUUUCGACCUUUUGGCUGUCCCCAAAUUCCAAUUUCAUUCAAUCUUAACGCUUCCUGGGAUUCUGGGGUUGCUCGCCAAAUUCCAUUUGAGCAUCUGCAAGAACUGAUUCGUGCUGACGGUGUCGAAGGAGAAGAACUCGUUGUUUUUGUUAAUGUCGAAGAUGGCGUAUAGAAGGAGGCAGCAAGGAACUUCAAGACCGUCGGCGACAUUUGAAGAAUUUUCAGACGAAGGAAUUCGGAACCCUCCUCCUCCUCCUCCUCCUUCUUUUGAUGCCCUGCCCGCUGAUAUUGACAGCUCAUUUACUUCGUCUCCGUCUUCACUAGCUGCCAAAGCCAUUAGAGCAUCUUCGGCUCGUCGGGACUCUUCCCUCUCCUCUGCUUACCGUCACUCCAACCUUCCCAGUGCUCCUUCCGUUGCCCUACCAACUCCUACUCCACCUGUAUCUUCUAAGGAUUCAAGAGUCUAUGAAUAUACGUCAAUGAAAACCUUGAAUGAGUCCAAGCAAGGAUUUUGGGGUUCUCUGGCCAGAAAAGCCAAAUCCAUAAUUGAGGAUGAACAGGCAACCCAGCAUUCUAAAGCACCUGGGAGGGUGGAGCCACAAAUGCCUGGUGCAGCUUCUAGGGGCAAGUUCCAACAUUCAUAUAACAUGGAGGAGAACAAUCUCAAAAGGGACAACCCAAAGUUACUUAAGGGAUUUGAUGCAAUCACGUCUUCUCUAAGCAAUAUUGGUAGCACCAUUGGUAAUGCCUUGGAGGAGGGUUUUACAGUUGUGGAGAAUCGGACUUCAGGCAUCAUCCAAGAAACUCGUAAUCAUAUCAAGAAAAAGCCUGGCAGCUCUGAGUUAGAGAGGCAGGAGACAAACCGUUCUGCUACACACCAACACUCACAAUCACGGACCCAGAUGCAAACAGACCAAGAACUUCAAUUGAAGGCAUCUCGCGACGUUGCAAUGGCAAUGGCGGCCAAAGCAAAGUUGCUUCUUCGGGAGUUGAAGACCGUUAAAGCUGAUUUGGCUUUUGCAAAAGAUCGAUGUGCGCAGCUGGAGGAAGAAAAUAGAAUUCUUCGUGAGAGUCGUGAAAGGGGAGACAACCCAGAAGAUGAUGAUAUGAUACGACUUCAACUUGAAACACUGUUGGCUGAAAAAGCUCGCCUGGCUCAUGAAAACUCAGUGUUUGCCCGGGAGAAUCGGUUUCUAAGGGAAGUCGUUGAAUAUCACCAGCUCACCAUGCAAGAUGUUGUCUACUUUGAUGAGAGCAAUGAGGAAGUGACCGAAGUUAAUCCCCUCAAUUUGCCCCCAGGGCCUCACAUGCAGCUUGAUUCCGUGUCUUCAUCUCCAACCACACCAUCACUGUCUUCACCCACUGCCCUUGACAUGGACACAAAGAGCUUGGAACUGAGGAGAAGCGUCUCACCUAUACCAGGGAGGGAUACAAAGACUUCAGAACUGACAAGAAGCAUAUCCUCUUCUCCAGUAAUGGACACCAAGUGACGCAUGAAAUGCUCCUGCUUCUAUACAAAUUUGAUGGGAAAUGUUUUGAAUGGUACCAAUAUCUUAUUGUUUCCUUUGAUUUGUUAUUAUUUAAUUGUUGGUCCUGCACGUUUCAUGGGUGUCAUAACCUGUUAUGUAAUAUUACUUUUAUUGUAUAACUUAAGCUUUUUAGUUCCCAAUUUAUGUAUCAGCGUAAAACCCAAAUUAGCAGGUUUCUGUAUAGCGGCCUUAACCCUAAAGGGGGGAGUUUAUGUAUAGCAGCAAAUUGGUGUCCCGGUUCCCAUGGUACUACCCAGCUGUUGUGUCUGUGCAUCAUGUAUUUGAUCAUAUCUGAUACAAUGAAGUUGUAAGGACAGUUUGUUUAGUCAAGGGCCAUUAAUACUUUUCUUUAA